AAUCCACUGGAUCUCUGCACUUGACACCUGUUGACACCAUGAGCGAAACCUCCACUCGAGUCCAGACAGAGCGGGCCUCUGCCAGCUCCAGCAGUUCUCCACCUACUCCUAAACCUCUUGAUUACAGUAGUGAAAGUAAGAGAAGAGCAACUGUUGAGCAAACGAGGCAUGUUCAAAACCUUGAUAAACAAAAUAAACAUCUCAGCAGUCGUUUGCGAACUCCAGGACUUGAUGAGAAUGAUGAUGCUUACGAUGAAUCUGAUGAGAAAAAUUCCUCCCAGCUUCAGCCUCCAGGAGAAGAAACAGACUUGCAUCCAGAGAGAAAAAGACCAGAAAAUUCUCAUUUAUCAAGCAGAAGGCCAAGAUUAAUGCAAUUUUCAUCUCACUCUUCACAUUAUGUACAUGAUUUACCUGGCCCAUCAGAGUCAGGGCUGUUUGGAAAUUGGCCUGGCUAUGUAAAUCCCAUGUACAGCUAUAUGCGUUCAUCCAGAGAAACUUCUUCAUCUGCUUCAAUGAGGGUUCCAAACUAUUACUAUUCAUCCAUUGAUACUCCCUUCUAUGGCAACCAUGAGGUGCCUAGAAAAUGGUUUAUGAAUCAGAAAGAUAAUUUAAAUGACUACAUGAGACCUACAACAAGUUUUCAGAAUGAUGUCCACCUCCAAGCCCGUACUGAGUGGCCUUAUGGUACAAUGUCCAACCAUCAUGAGACACACCACAGCAGUGAAUACAGUAAUCACUAUGACAGGCGGCAGCAGAGUUUUCAUUCCUCUCGUACAUAUCAGCAUCCUGUGCACAGCAGGUGGUUUAGAACUCCUUAUAGAUCUAGUCGGUCUUCAUCAUUUUCCAGAGAACUAAGUCACAGCCAUGGGCAUGAAAGUCCCAAAUACCAGUCAAGUAGACAGCAUGCGCAUUCCUCAAGUAGAGAGAAAACUAACUCCAGCCCUGGUCCUAGGAAACAUUCGUCGUCAGUUGGAACUGGAAAAUCCAAAAUUUUCCAAACCUUUUCAAAGAGUAGUACAUCAAUACUCAAACGAAAGAGCAAAUUCAGUAGAAAGUAUAUUAUGGAUUUGAAAAGACCACAAAGUGCUGGUGCAAUUCUCAUGCAUUCAUCAUCAUCAAUAUCUUCGAGGUUUGCCAAGUUAUCUCUGAGAAGAAGAAGGGAGAAAAAAGAUGCUCCUGAAGAUCCAAACAAGAAAGCACUCUCGGCAGCUGCUGAUAAGCUGCGCAAAACUUUUUUGGCAUCUAAGAAGUCUCUUGAUGAUACUAAUGCCAAGGAGCUGCACAGGAAACAAAAUGUUCCACACUUUGGAAUGACCCAGGAAAAUGCAGAGGAUUUAUCAAUAAAAACUUAUUCAGGACAUUGUUCAUUUAGUGAUGGCUUACAAGAAAUUAGAAUUUCUGAAAAAGAAAACCUUGCCAUGUCUACUAGACUUUCUCAAUGCCCAGAAUUCAAGUCUGGAGCAACUAGUGGCAAAUGCAACGACCCAAGUUUAUGUGAUGAUAUUUCUGAUGAUAGUACUGAUGAAGAGACUGGCAACAGAAAAUUCCCACUGAAAAGUUUCCAAUUGCUUCAGCGUCGACGUUAUGCAUCAGAAAGCGCAGGUGCAGCUCAGUCAUCUAAUUCUGUAAGAAGUAGAAGUAGAUCCUCAUCUGUUGGUGCAUUUGAUGCGUCUCCCAUGAAGCCUCCUCCUGUUUCAAAGCAUGACAAGAAUCUUGGUUGUGAACACCCGCGGGUCAAUAAAAUGUUGGUUAAACAACUUUUGACCAUGGAUAAGAAGAGUCUGCAGGAGCUGGUAGCAGACCCCCGAUCACGCAAAGCUCAGUUCAUGGUGAGUCACCUGAUGUCAGAGCAGCGCUCUGCCUUGGCCCAGCGUCUUGACUUGCUUCGUGGUCAACACUCCCUUGAGAAUAAGGCUCAAUUGCUGGGUGCAUCUUGUCCUGGUGCUGCUCAUGGCAUCCUGCUGGACACUCCUUCAACAUCCUGUACUCUGGACAGGGAGAAAGAGGAACUACAAAUUCUUGGUCAGAUGGAGGCAUUGGAGCUGGGAACCCUCCCCAAUAAUGUUCUAAUCCAGUUGUGCCAGAUCCUAUCAGCUGAGCAAAAUGGACUGGCAGGGCAAGACUUAGCCUUCCUGUCACUGGACGACCUCAUGGGCGGGGGACAAGCGAGUAGCCACGACUCUGAGGCCCCCAAGCCCACCACGUCUGCAGAACGAUCAGAUGACUGCAAGGAACCUCUGCAGCUAACGUGCUCAAAAUUAUCUGCACUUUCCUCUCCAGGGAGCACCUCCAACGCUGGAGCAAAUGUACAAGUUUUACCUCCAAGCUCUACUCUAGCGCCAGAUUUUUCACACCAGCAAAAUGAGGAUGAUGUAGAGCAGGAUCUGAUGUCGCCAUGUCGUUCGAAGUUUAAAUCACAUUUAUCCUCACUAAAUGACUCGAAAUCUGCCCAAAACUUUUUGGUUUCAACUCGGCCCUCCUCACAUCCUGACAGUUUAGUGGCGCACCGACAGGAAGAGGCUUCCCUACAGCCAAAUGUGAUGCGUUGCCCUGAAGGCUGUCAAGAUAAUACGGCUGUUGGUGUUCCGCCUACAGUUUCUGCUGUGAGCACGGAAUGCAUGUCUCGAACAAAUACAAGCAUGUCAUCUCAAGGCACAGACUUACGGACUUAUCAAGCCAUUGAAAGAUCAUUGAUGUCAUCUGAGAAUAUAUCAGAGUUCAAGUUGCCUCAGAAGAAAACACCGGUUGGAUUGGUUCUUAAAUCUGAAUUGUGCCAUUUAGAUAUUGGGUCUGCUUUCAAUGCACCCACAACAGAAACUGACGACAGUCUCGCUAACAAAUCUUGCUCAAGUGAUAUGGAAUGUCAAAUUGUGUCACCACCUCCUAAACUGGCUCCUGCUAUGAUAACCAUUGAUGAUUCUGACAACGAAGAGGUGAAAAAUAUUGCCAAAAACCAAGUUGUUCAGGCUAUUAAUGUUAACAAGAACUCCCCAUCUUCUCAUGGGUUCACUCCAAUUGAGGAACCAAGCUCGGUCUUCAGAACCCCGCUUCCUCUGCAAAUUAUCUCGCCACGUGCCCGACCCAUUUCCAAUGUUCACUUCAACAUCCCUGUACCGCACGUUGACCCAGCCACUUGCAAUGCUGGCACUGCUUCUGCAGUGUCGCUUCACACUGCCUCAUCUGUGCCUCUCAAUAGUUCUUAUGUUCAAUCUUCACUCUCAUCUCCUGCCAUGUCUCCAAUCGAAUGUAAACCUCAUAUAGUCAAGUCACCGCCAUCGUCUCCACCUCCUCAGCAUCAUGCAGCUUCCACAGGUCCUCAUUCAACUGUGGGCUGCCAUUCUUCUAACCUUCUAUACAUGCAAACUUCCUCUGCUCUAGAACCAAAAAGCUCUCCACCGGUCACACCUGCCCUUAUCCGACCAUCGUUCCUGAGAUCUCCUCCCCUCUUACCUCACGGGCCCCGUAAGUCUUCCCCUGUGACUUCCUCUUCACGUUCACCGUCAUUAUCUCCCGGAAACUCUGCAGCAGUAAAUCAUGUUCUACUGCACACCAGCAUUGCAACAGUGCCACUCAUGCCUCCGCCACCAGUACAGCAGCAGCCAUUGCAUGAGGUUCAUUUACACUCUGGCUUACACCGCACUCUGAACCUUGGCUUGCCGCCACCACAGCUUGAUGGGCUGAGAGACUGCGACUCGUCAGGUCGACGUGCUCCUCCACCUCAGCCAGCAGGAUCUCUUGAUGACUUGCGGCAACAUGGCAACGCAGAGGAUGGUCCAGGCAGGCAUGCUUCUCGGACUCCUGCUAACGCAAGACCUGGUCUCAAGGUGAAGGAAGAGACGCCAUCACCACAGCUGGAGUGCCAUCUAUGCCAGCAAGAUUCCCCUCAUUGCUGCCCCUACACCCCCAUGCCCCCAGCACACUCCCCGCCCUCGAGAGCCAGCCCAGCCCCUGCAGCUGCUGGCUCAUUCUUGUGCGAGAACGUCAACAGGCCUUCCUCUAAAGAACGGCCUCGUAACCCCGCUCCUCCCAACACCCCACAUCGUAUCCCCAGUCCAGCAGUCCUCCCCACGCCCCCUCGGCCCGUCAUGUUCCCCAACGAGCCUCACAUCCCCGAGCGUCCUGCCCCACCCCUCCCCACUCAGGGUCUGGGGACACCGAGGCACCUCUUCAAGCAGGAGAGGCAAACCCCCAGUCUUGGGUACCCCUGCUGCUGCCUUAGAAACGAGUGUAGCAGGGCUUCGAGCAGCAGUAUGGACAGUAGCGCACCAGAAGGGCUGCGGAGUGGAAGUCCUCCGUCUAAUGUAAACACGAGUUGCGUGGGGCGUCUUUGGUUCUUUUCUCCUACCCUAUCCCGUCAAAAUGCCGGCCAUCCUCACACCAACAUUGUUAACGAUAUCCCUCACCAUCACCAUCAUCAUCGGCAUCACUUUCACGAGCCAGAUAAUCUUACAGCUGAAAGAGAUUCCAAAAUCCUUAAAAGGGAGAGACUUACCCCUAGCCUGUGCAGAGGUGUUGAACUUCCCAGCGCCUGGAUGCCAAGUAGACCUAAGCCUGAUCCAACUCAUGCUGACGACAGCUCUGCGAGUAUCGCUGUACCUAUACCAGAUCAGCCAAUGAACGAAGUUGCUGCAAAUGAUGUAAAUAAAUCUAUGCUCAAUUCGGUGUCAGUUGCAGUUCAAACGCAAGACGUGGAUGAUCUAGCUGCAGAAAAUGCUGCUUCGAGAGCGCGUCUUGUGUCUCCAGUUAGUGAUGAAAUUAACAUUGCGGAGUCACUCUCACUCCGGCAAUCUCCAAUUCCAAGGCAAUCUCCCACCCAAACUAACAGGAUGAACAAGUCACGUCCAAAGUCUACAAACAACAACAAUUUUAGUGCCAUUCAAACAACAAGCUCAAGUUUAUUGAAUAGAACAACUGCUACUCAGUUUAGAAGGCCUAAAACUGGCGUCCUGAUCGACUCGGCUCAGUGUUUCCUUGAAGAACUUGGUCGUCUGAGCACAUUAGAAGAAAUACUUUUUAAAGGCCUUACUGAAAUUGACAGGAAAACCGAAGAACUGGCUAGGCAAAGGUCAAACCUGACGUUGCAGAUGACACAACUUCAUCAAGAGCGCAAUGAUUUACUGCUGCGCCUUGUGAGUGAGAAUAGCACUGGUGGUGUGACGCGGCAUGGCCGUUGCAGUGUUCCGCUAAUGCCAUAUCUCAGUAAUAUUGACGAACGCAAUGGGAACUUUGCUCGAAAUUCUCGUGAGAUCAACCGGAAUUGCAGGAAUGGGAGCAAUCGAGAAGCUGCUGACUCAAGUAUUUCUUUGGUAAGUUCAUCUCAAGAAAUGGGACCUUCGACAAGCGACUCUCAGGCCGGUGCUGAUUUAUUAGCAAAUCAGCAGGUUGCCGCCGACGACGUUUCAAUUGAGCGCCAACGAUGCACAUCAACUUCACAUUCCCCAGAUGGAGAACGUAGUUUUUCCAUGCAACAAGAAGAUAGCAUUGCUACCUUUACUGAAGUUACAAAUUCAGACUCCGAUGGAGAUGCAUCGCUGAAGGCUAUAAGCGUUGAUGGCUAUUCUGACACAGGCUCUGCCUCUGCUCCUACAUCUCGUUUCCAAUAUAAUCCUCAUAUGAAUGUUAGGGUUACAAGAAAAAGAUCUAAGUCUACCUCUGAAAGCAUAGAAGACUCGGAUUGCAGAAAUGCUAAUGAAGAAAACAACAAAGAUGCAAUUGUGUGUUUAACAAUCCCUGACACAACUCAAGAUAAUGCAGAGAGCAGCGGCCUCUCAGUUGGACAAGGGUUAUCAGCGAACUGCAAAGCAGAGAUGAAUGUGAGUCACAAUGCCUGUCGUAAUCAUCUUGCUCAAAACUGCAUUAUGGAUCAACAAUCCCCUAACUCAGAUACCCCUUCUAAGAUUUUCUUACAGAGCCCCAAGUCGCGAAAUUCUUCAGGAAGUGAUCACAGUUACAGCCUAAGGUCGCGUGGGCCCCCAGAAGGAGAUAGGGAAAAGCACAGACGUUCAGUUUCUCACGGAGAUUCAAGGGAAGAGUCUCUCACUGAUGGCAUUCUGAGCCCUGGCAAUACUAUUCUUGGACUAAAAAAAGAACUGACGGAGGAAGAGCAAGUUGUUGAAGACGGUAAUGAAGAGGACGUGCAUGACCAAUGUUUGUCAGCGGCGUCUUCAGUUGAGUCGUUGGACUGCAAGAUGAGCAAUGCUGAAACUCACUCAGUGCAGCAGCAGCAUCAUCGCUACAAGCGGAAACGACGUAGUAGAAAACAUUCUUUCUGUGGUCCUAGUAGUAGUAAGAGGAAGAAAUUGCACACGUCUCCAGCCAGUGACAGGUGCGAGAAGAAAACCUCGGCUGCAAAUUCCCCGUUGUCGUCAAGAAAAAAAUCUUCUGUUGAAAGUCAUCAUCUCUUUAGCAGCCCAGAUACAAGUUUAAGCAAAAAAACUCAAAAGCACAAAUUGACGGCUAACCAACGCGAGGAUAAAAACGAUGAAAAAUUGAUUAUCCUUCCGCCGCCUCUGAAAGAACCUGUGCUAGACAUUAAGAUUGUGGGAGAUUACAUAUUUACCUGUAGCAACAGCAGCAUCAGAUGCUUCCAUCUGCUCACGGGCGCUGCCUGCGCUUCGUACGUCUCUGAUAAAAGAAACAUCACAGCGCUUGCUGUGGUCGGCACCCCUCACUUCACCCGAGCAAUUCGUGACCAUGAGACUAAUGAUAAUCUUAGACGACAUGAAAACAAAGGCGGAGAAAGAGAUAUCAAGAGUGGAUGUGACGUGAACAAAACCGAAGGUGAUUUUGUAUCUGAUGUAAAUGAAAAUAACCGCGGAAGUGAUGAAACUCAAAGAGGAGGUAAUCGGUUGAAUGAAAACAAGUGUGGACACUCGAGACCAGAAGCCGCGGCCGGCUUCAAGGACUCCUCAUUUGAAGUGAUCACGGGCUCGACUGACGGAACGCUUUGUGUCUACGACGGCCACAAGGGUUCAGUGCUGCAGAGCCGAGCUGUGGAGGGAGCCAUUCGCUGCGUCGCCGCUGCCUGGGGGCACGUCUUCUGUGGCAUGUUUGCCGGGCAAACCGCUCGCUGGGGCUACAAGGUAUACUGUUACAUCCGAGUGUACUGUAGGCAGACCGGGGCUCUCGUGCGCGUCUUGAAAGUGGAAGCCAACAAUAAGCUGCUCAUAUGCUCCGCCGUCUACAGGCACAAAGUGCUGGUCGGGAGCAAAGGCGGUGAUAUUGUGUCUGUGGAUCUGCCUUGAAACGAGUUGAAGAAGACUGCCUCUGCCCUGAGUUCCUUAGCGACUUCUAUUCCGCAUUAAUGCUUCGAUGGUGCCAUCAAUUUCACAAGCCUAGAAAUUCAUGGAAGCAUAUUGCACAUUUUUCUAGGCUUUGUGCGCGUUAGAAAUCAAAUUUUAUUGGCAGCAGCAGUCAGUUAAACUUGUUGUGGACCAUCACGAUGGCUUAGCUGCAACGCACGCCAAUUAUGCAGGAAAAUGAAGUAUUCCUCUGAGUUGUUUGAGUGUUCCCUGCUUUAUUUUGAUUCUUUCUAUACUGUUACAUCCUUGGUAUCCUUCAAAUUGCUUCGUAAGUCUAAAGCUUGCGAAGAAACGCGUCAACAUAAUAUGAUACAUUUCUAUGAGAAUUUAGAACCGGAGUUGAAAUUUUGAUUUACGUCAAUUUUGGUCUAGUUCAUGCACUUGCACACAUGUUGUCUGGUAUGGCACAUGAACAUGCGAAUCAGAGUGCAGAGCGUGUUAUUCAUAAAUCUACCUUAUAUAUCUUCUUAAUAUUUUUAAAUUUUAAAAUAUUGUACGGAUAAAUGUGACGCGCCUUGUUAAUCAGUGAGUUUGUAUUUAAUGAUCCCAUUUUUCCUGGCUGCCACUGUAGUUACUGCGCUGUGCCAGAAAGCCAGACAUUUAAAUUACCAACAUUACUUCCGAAAAUGGCACGUAGUGUUCACUUAUCUUGGUGCUCAAUAAACCUAUUCCAAUGUUCCUGAAAAGAAAUAUUCAAAUAUAAUUCAAGUAAAUCAGUAAAAAAAAAGUAUCUCAAAAUGUGAAGCUGGCUUUCGAAAAUGGUAAAUCGGUUCAUUGGAAACUGUAUGCUAUUAAUAAAUAUGAGAGUUGGCCGAAUGCUCGGUGUCGAGGUAGAAGUUCCGUUAUUUACUGCGGCCAAAACACGAGAAAACUCAUCAACACGCGGAAAAAGCGCCAGUGAAUUCUUGCUUUUAAUGUAACUCGGCAUGUAUUAGAAGUCCAUCAAUGUUUGUUGUACUAAAUCAGUGAUUAAUGGAUCCUUCCUAAGAGAUAAUGCGAAGACCUUGAAGUCAACUGAUGUUCCUUUGCUGUGGUUAGUCACACUCUUAUUAAUUUCAUCACGUCGACCUCGUUGUGACCGCGCCAUUCGCAGCGUCUUUGAAACUGUUUGAUAUUUUUAGUGUCUUCAGAAAUCAGGGCUUCAUCUCGAAAAGUCGGAGAAUUUUACGAACAUUAUCCUAUCAAAUUUACUUGUAAUUUAAUUGAGACUACUUCUUAAAUGUUUGUAAUCUAAUUCAUUAAGGAAAUCUUGAAGCCCUAGCGUGCAGUUUAUUAUCUGUGAAUCGCACAAGGAAACAUGAUGUCUGUUCUCAUUGUUGGUGAUCAUAUUUCGCUAAGCCGAUAUGCGGUAGCCGACUCGGCUAUGAAUUUUCAACUGAUCUCAUUCGGUUUAAAGUUUGGCUAGUAAAUAAAUAACUUUGCGCCUUUCUUCUACACUUUCAAUCUUAAUGAUUUUAUUUAUUUCUGAAAACGAUUUUGAUCGAUUUUAGUUCCUAAUAAUUUCUAGCCUAUUCCUGGACUUCCAGACAUAAAUUCAGAUCAUUGUAUGCUCUUCAUGACCCGUUCCUCCAUGGGAUACACUUAGUACUUGAUGCACUGGUUGAGAAUACGUAAUUUAUCUCGAACCUUUCAACCCAUAACUGCCAGUCGUGCUGAGCAUUGGAGCAGCGCUGCUUUGUAAAUGCGCAAAUGAUUUUCUGAUUCUCGUGCGCAUCUCGGAUGAAGUUUAAGAUUUACCAAGUUUUCCGUAGCUGUAAGUUUGAAGGAUCUCUGUACCUGGCUUUCUUGUUGUUCUUGCUUGAUAAGCUUAGGUGUUUUGCCCUUCUUUCUCUCCGAAUCUUAUUGGGGCUUGAAUUGUUUGCUAGCUUUACAGUCUGUGUGGAUUUAAUCUAAUUUCUGAUUUUGCUCAUUAUCUUACUGAUAUUCUUCACAGAUGUAAAUGUUUGUUGUUUAAUCUGAUGCACAUUUUUGCGAACUUUAUUAUUACGCGCAUCAUUUUCUUAGCGUGCAAAUUAAGCCUAUAUGUAUAAAGACAUCGAAGAGAUAUAACGUCAGACAAGUAAUAUUAUUUUGCUUGUCGUUAUACUUUUUAAAUCUUUAUUUGUUCGAUUCAAUAGUCAUGUUUGUUUCUUGAUUGCCAGAUAUAUAUCCGUUCAUCCGAACGUGUCCGGCAAUCUUAGUCGUUUCACACCUGCAAUGCAAAUUUGUUCAAUGACGGCAACUGUCUACAGAUUGCCCUGAUAACCUGAUAACUCGUUUGAUGAUCUGGACUGUCAACCAAUUGUCCUGAUAAUUUGGUUGAAGGCUCGACGGGACUUCUUCCCGAUUGUCCUGAUCAUUCGCUGUGUGACCUGAUUAUUGCAGAUCGAUUGUCCUGGACCCAAUAGUUAAGUUUCAAUUGCCUUGAACACGUUUGUUACCAUCUUAUUUUCCAGUUACGAAUGAAGCAUUGAUCCAUUUUAAUUAGGCUCGAAUAAAACGAGUGUUAUCGAGUGCCAUAGAGAUUUAUAUGUGAUGGUUAUCUCCGCAAAUGUUUUAAGAUAUUUGUUCAUCGUGUAAAACUAGUAAGGUUUCCAGCUGUUUUCCCGUAAGCAAUGUCGUGAGUCAUUUUCUAUUUCAUUUACGAGGUUAGUAAGAUCAUAGAUUUGCUAGAGUGACAUCCCUCCGAUAUACGGCUAAAGAAGUAGUAUAAGUCAAGCUGGUCACUUCCUUCUUAUAAUAAUAGUAAAAACUUGAUAGUCAUAAAAAGUUGAUGAGGUUUUAUUGCAAGUACCAGCUUAUCAGAUUGACGCGUUUUAGUUCAUUGUGAAUUGUGUUGAAGUUAUUAACAAUACGAAACUUGAACGUCUCAAGUGACUUAUUUCAAAUGGCACAAUAGAACGCCUCAUUCUCCGCAGAUAUUAGUUCACGUUAUUUUUGUAUGGAAUGGCUCUGUAUUAUAAAAUCUUCAUUGUUGUUCCAACUCAAGUCCAAUGUUUUAAAGCAAA